UGCUCAUGUUGUCGACGAUUUUGUAAAUACGAUCAUUUAUAAAGAAAAUAAUGAGACUGGAUGUAAUCACACAAAAUAACAAUACCCUAUGACUAGUAAUAAGUAGAUAAUAACUUAUGCCAAUGAUAUAAGGAUGGAGCGUAUGGAUUUGAGUUUUAGAUCGAUCACAAAAGUUUUGGAAACAAAAUUGUGCACAUUUUUUAUUUCAUUUUUUUCAAUUUAUAGAUUUGGCUUCUAAAUUUUUUAACAGAUUACAACCCUUUAAUUUUGGCAUUUAAUAGUUUAAAUCAAAUAUUUGUUUUGUCAGUUCCAGUUCCCGUUCUAAGAAAUUAUAUCUAUAUAAUCUAUAAACUUGUAAUGGUUUAGCUAUAGAAUUUGUUUUAGUAGUAAAUUCUUACAAAAUAAGGAUACGCGUUAUAGGACAAUUCAUACUCGAUUAAAUUCACAUUCUUAAACCAAAAUUUCUGUAAAAUGAUGGAGCCUGUUAACAUUUACAAAAAAUAAAGAAUAGGUUUAAAAAAGGGUUAAAUUCGAUUGGUAGUUUAUUUCUUAACAACAAAAUAACUUAAAACAUUAAUAAUUUAGAAAUAUGUUAUUUUGAUAGUACUUAGUUUAAAUAAUAAGUAUAUUUGUUUCUCUAAAUUUUCUAAAUAUGUUAGAGAAAACUCUUAUUAACGGUCACAUUUUAUUUAACGUUAAACUGCAUUAAUUAAUUUGUUAUGUUCUUAGUUUGUGUUUGAGUGUUUAAUCUCUUAUAAAUAUGAGACAAAAUUUCAUUCUAAGAUACCAGAUAUAAACAUUUUAAUAUAUUAUAUUAAUAACAUUUGCCACUUAUUUUGAAAGCAUUGGCAAAAUGGCUAACAAUUCCUCCCGAACUACUAUCGUAUUCAUUGUUGUUGCUUUGGUUUGUGCAUUCGUUCCUGCAUUCUCUGUAGAAGAAGCUGAAGCAAAAUCACUAUGGGAUACAUGUCUUCUUAAAAUCAGUCCAAAAUGUGCGUUGGAUAUAAUUGGUGUUGUCUUUGAAAAUUUAACCAUCACUGAUGCAUGCUGUCAUGAUCUUGUUCAAGAAGGAAAAAUGUGUCACGAUACUCUUAUCAAAUAUAUUGCUGAGAAGCCACACUUAGUUGCCCACGAAACAGAGUAUUUGACGAAAAGUGAUGCUUUGUGGACUCAUUGUGUUUCAAUAUCGCAAACUGCUUAAUAAUAUAUUAUGCGUGUAUUGUUCUGAUUAACAAAAAUUGUAUUCAACUAUCCUUAAAUUUUCUUUGAUCAAAAAUCGUGGAUCAAACAACAUGCAAUAUAAAACGAACAUCAAGUGAAUCUCAUUCUAAAUGAAUCAAUACAAAUAUUAACUCAGCUGAAAAACAAUGCGCUAUCCAUACAAGAUUGUUAAACUAAUAACAAAACAUAUA